GGAACAGUCAAGUUUAAGUUUCCCAUAGCCCAGAAUUAAAUGGGCAGCGUUCGAACCCAACUUAACAACCUCAACACCAACCCUUCGACCGCUGUAAAUCGCUCCCAUCAUCGCCGGACUGAAGACGCCAACGCGGCAAUCAUGAGCCAUACGGCAUCUCAAACAUGGUUGUCAACCGAAACAAGAGAAUUCGAAGCCUGGGUGAGGGUCCGGAAUACGAUGAUGUACGUCGCGCCAAAAUCCCCCUUUACGCCAAGGACCUUUGGGGCAUGGAUUUCCCAUAGGCUCGCGUGGAUGGAGGAGAAGCAUAGUCGUCUUUUACGCCAAGCUCUCAGAAGAGCGAUUGAAAGGGGACGGUGCGAGCCGGUCCAAGUGGGUCCGGUCCUUGGAGGAAAGAAGUUACCAGACGGGCUGGCCUUGGUUCUCGCCAGAGAGACCAUUUGGGUGCCUCGGAGGGCCUAUCCCAGUAUUCGUGACUUGGCACCUUGGCCUAGCUACGAGGAGUUCAAGCACGAGGGCGAUGACCGGAGCAAAUCUGGCUAUUGUCGAUUUCCUCCAUUGCCCCGUGGCCAUGGGAACGAGACCGUCAACUGGAAACAGCGUAUGCCAGUAAAGCAGCAUCGAUUCGACGAAGUCGGCCGACCGGCCUUAGGCGCAGGGAGUGUCCGCCUUCAGUAUCUUGAAGGUGAGAUCCUGAGGCUUGUUGGUAACGCGUUAUUGGCCGAACUGGGCUGGUUGAAACGGUCAUAUUACUGCAUGGAGGAGAUUGACAGUGGAGGGUUCGAAUGGUUGUAGGAAUGGAGGCAGAAACAGAGAACUUUUCUCAGAGCACAGAAUAUCUUCCUAACCUGAAGAAUAUCUCUCACCGCCACUCCAAUAUUCUGUCCGCGGAAUAAUAAGGAGUUGCCCUGGAAUAGAACGAAAAAGACCGUAAAUAUCCUGUGCAUUUGUUCGUACGGAUGGUGGUUUCACAGUUUGAACCUUAAGGGCUUUUUUUUCAAAACAUUUUGUGAGAAGCGUUGGGAAGUUUCGACGAUUUCAUCUCCAUUUUCUCAGCAGGGACGUCGGAAGUUUAGCAGUGUCCAGCCAGGUUUUUUGGUGAAAUUUAUCAUGUUUACUUGCAGUAAAUCAACUUAUUCCGUGUUACUCCAUAGCCUUCCUGGUCAGAGUGGCCUUUCCAAAUAGUGUUGAAGCGCUCGACAAAGGGAACCCCAUCUCAAU